UUCUACAAAGGCCCAACUAUACAGGCCCACGAUUCGCACAUUUCCACAAACCGAAACAAAAAGCAAAUUGAUCUUAAGAAACUGAAAUUUGGGAUUUUAAUGGCGGGAACUGAAAGUUUGUUAAGAUCAAAAGAUACUCUUCAAAAUCCCCAAAAAUCUAAAAUCUAGGUUUCAUAUUUCAACUUUUAUUAGCCCAAUUGAACCAUCGAUGUCCAUUUUCCAUAUGGUACUUCGAUUCCGAUUCUCUAUGCAACUCACUAGAUCCUUUUCACGCCAAUUGAGCAGCUUCAUUUCGACCACAAAAUCACAUGAAUUACCCAGAAAUUCAAUCUCGAUUGCCGCCAUUAAAGAGCUUCAUGGUCACUUAAUCAGAACUCAAAAGCACAAAGACCCAGAUCACAUAUCUCCGGUUUUGCGCUCUUAUUCUCUCUCCUCAUCCACAUUACGCAAAGCCCAGAUUGUAUUUGAUGAAAUUCAACGACCCCCUUUGUAUAUUUGGAAUCAAUUGAUUAAGGGGUUUUCCAAAAGUGAUGAUCCAAUUAAAGCAAUUUACAUAUAUAAUGAUAUGAGAAACUUUGGGUUAAAUGGGAAUAAUUUGACAUUUAUAUUUGUUCUUAAAGCAUGUGGUCGUGUUUUAGAUGUUUUGCAGGGUAAAAAGAUUCAUCCUUGUGUAUUUAAACUUGGGUUUCAAUCGUAUUUGUUUGUGUCAAAUUCUUUGAUGCAUAUGUAUGGGUCGUGUGGGGAACUGGGUUUUGCACAGAAGGUGUUUGAUGAAAUGACUGAGAGAGAUUUAGUUACUUGGAACUCGUUGAUCUGUGGGUAUAGUCAAUGCAAUAAGUAUAGAGAACUUUUGGGUGUUUUCAAUGCGAUGCAGGUGGCGGAUGUGAGGGCGGAUGCUGUGACAAUGGUGAAAGUGAUCAUGGCUUGUAACUUGAUGUGUGAUUGGAAGAUUGCUGAUUCAGUGGUGGAUUACAUUGAGACAAAUCGUGUUGAUAUAGAUGUUUAUUUGGGGAAUACUUUGAUCGAUAUGUAUGGGAAACGUGGGCUGAUGGAUUCGGCUCAGGGAGUGUUUGAUCGAAUGAGUGUAAGAAAUGUAGUGUCAUGGAAUUCUUUGGUGAUAGGUUAUGCAAGAAUUGGAAAUUUGGUUUUAGCAAGAAAAUUCUUUGAUGAAAUGCCAAAAAGGGAUCUAAUUUCCUGGACUUCAAUGAUUACUGGGUACUCACAAGCAGGCAAAUUUUCAGAUGCUGUGAAAUAUUUUCAGGAAAUGAUGUUGAACAAGAUUAAACCCAACGAAGUUACAAUAUCGAGUGUUCUUUCUUCUUGUGCUCAUCUAGGAAUGCUCGAAAUGGGCAAGGAAAUUCAUGAAUACAUCAUUGAACAUAACAUCAAAGCAGACAUCUAUGUUGGUAACUCUUUGAUUGACUUGUACUGUAAAUGUGGGGAUGUUAACAAAGCAUUACAAGUAUUUCAAGAUAUGAGUGAAAAAGACUCUGUGUCAUGGACUGCAGUAAUAGCAGGAUUUGCAGUAAAUGGUUUUGCAGAUUCUGCUAUUCACCUGUUUGAGGAGAUGUUAAGCAAAAACAUAAGGCCAACUAAUGGAACCUUUGUUGGGAUAUUACUUGCUUGUUCACAUGCAGGAUUAGUAGACAAAGGAAUGGAAUUUUUCCAAAGUAUGGAAAAAAUCCAUGGAAUUAUUCCUCAGAUGAAACAUUAUGGUUGUGUGGUUGAUCUUUUGAGUCGUUCUGGUGAAUUAGAGAGAGCAUAUGACUUCAUACUGAAGAUGACAACACCACCUGAUGUUGUGUUAUGGAGGAUUUUGUUGAGUUCUUGUAAACUCCAUAAAAAUGUUGCCUUAGCUGAGAUUGUUUCAAGCAAGCUUCUUGAUACAGAUGCUGGUAAUAGUGGGAACUAUGUGCUUUUAUCUGAUGCAUAUGCAGGUGCAGAAAGAUGGGAUGCUUCUAUGAAGUAUAGAGACUUGAUGGGGGAGAACCGAGUGCAGAAGCCAUCAGCCUGGAGUUCUGUUGAAGUAACUAGGUGAAUUUCUGGUGCUAUGCCUAAUCAGGUCAAUUUCUUAUAAUCUUAGUUAUAACUAUAAAUACAACGAUUUUCAAUCGGUCGGGUAAAAAACGGGUUGUUCGGGUUCAGAUAAAAUCGGGUCACGGGUCACAAAAUCUUGUUCAAAACCCAAUAUUAUCGGGUCGGUUUUCUAGUUGGGUUGGUUUUUGACAGGUCUACCUAGCCCUCUCGGCCUCUCCCCCCGAGCCCAAGGAAAAUCUUGAAUUCUUGAUGUUUAGGCUGAUCAAUAGGAAUUUUCAGGUGUGCCUCAAGAUUAUCUUUGGGCUCAUUCGUGUUGGUCACUUCCUAGACCAAGCAUUUUACAGUGCACCAAGGAGUACCCACAUAUGUGUAGGGGUGGCAAUUCGGGUUAAUGGGGUUGGGUUGGGGUUUGGUUUCAGGUCGAUUUCGGGUUGUGCUUAAAAGUACCAUAAAUAAUGUAAAACUUGAUAUUACUACGAGAAAAGAUAAAUGAGUCAAAUCGGGUUGAAUUCGGGUCAUUCAUGUUCGGUUCAGGUAGGGUUUGAGUUUCCUCAAUAACUUCAGUUCGGGUUCAGGUUGGGUUCUGAUUGCUAGCCCUACAUAUGUGCUUCAGUCCAGCAACACGUGUGUGCUUCAGUCCAGCAACACGUGUAAAUUAAUGUGUUUACUGGAGCACCAUUGUAGGUACUCUCAAGUGCAUGUAAUAAUUUACUAAUUUGCGUCUGCAGUUAACUCUCUAAAGUGUCAUUUUGUGGUCAUUUGUUGUUUGAUUA